AUGCCGCCUUCAGCAGGACAGAUAGCGCAGAAGGGUUACAAGAAGUACAAAAGGCAGGCGCCAACCAUCGCUGUUCAAAUCUUCAGCACAGUUGCACUCUCGCUCCUACGCCUCCUCAACCACACAGAUUUAGGCACACCCGGCCGCCUCUUUAUCAUCGAGACCGUGUCAUUCUCCCAGAGCAGCCGCGAUAUCCGCCUCGACGGGACAUUCCUCAAAGCCAGAUGCGCCGCCAAAGGAGGUCGCCGGUACAACGAGUCAGCCAUCGAUCUCAACGCGACUCUCGGCAAUAUCGACGGCACCUUCGUCUGGGGUCUGACCGACUACGCCAGCUCCGCCCUCAACGUCCGCCUCGAGGGCUCCGUGCUCAAAGCCGAUCUCUACCGCAUCGGCUUUCGUGAGACCACCCCAGCGGAAUACGACCUCGACUCCAUGGUCACGAACAACGACGGCGAGCUGCAAGCCAUCAACGUGCCCGCCGUGAUCGCCGUGCCCGACGGCGAGGCCAUGGACCUGGCCCUAACGCAAUUCGGCAACAUGAUUUCAACGGCCGGCUGGCGCAUUCAGGUCGCGCAGGAGCCCAACGGCGCGACCUUGUGGUACGCCAAUGCGGGAAGCGAACACAAAGACGACGUCUUCUUCAAGACCAUGAACGCCAAAGCCACCGCGGCGUUCAUGCACGUCGUGCAAGAAAAGGGCAGGGCAAUCGAGCGGGUCAACGUUGAUGUCUUCAGCGCCAAUGCGAGCGCCGAGCUCUCCUACAUCGAUCUCGGCGACGGGCCGAUCGCGACCUACGUGGGCGCGGACGCAAAGCUCAGUUUGUUCAAGGCGGAGGCUUCGGUCUUUGACCUCGAGCUCGGCGUGGGUGUCGAGACGGGUGCCGGGAUCAAGAACGGGUCCAUUGAUGCCCAUGUUGCCGGCUGUGGUGUUACCAUCGGGAAAAGGGUGUCGAUCUCGGCCUUUGGCAGCAGUAUUGGUAUUGACUUUGGCAAGUUUUUCGAAGAUUAG